CUUAAAAUAAUUGUUUCAGUAAUUAAGGAUUUAUUUAUACUGGUAUACAUUUGCUGAAUUCUGCUGUUAAGCUUUAAACUAAAAAAAAUGGUGAAAAGAGUUGUUUUAGGAUCGGUCCGAAAGUUGAAUUUUUAAACAUGUGAGAAAAAAAGAAAAUCUAUAAAUUAGUGAAAUAAAAAUUUGGAAGUAAUAAACUUUUAUAAAGAUAUACAAAAGCAUACAAGAACUGUUACAUGUUAAAAGCUGUGAAACUGCCACAAACUGAAUCGAUUGGAAAUACUUUUGCAAUAAAGAACCUUAUAUGGAACCAUUAAUAUCCUGGUGCUAUGUUUAAUCAGCUAACGAAAAUGUCAAAUCGCACUCAAUCAGGCUUGUAGGAACUUAAGAAUUCAAAAUGAGCGGGAAGCGUUCAGGAAAGAAAGGAAAAUCGCGGGUGAGUUUUGUCGAAGUUGAGAAACCAAAGACAAGACUGGACAUAAUGAAAGCCGAGUUGGACCAAAUGAGGAGACGGGAUGAAGAAAGGGAGCGUAUAUAUGAAGAACAUAGACAGCAGGAAAUCCGUAAAAUGCGGGAGAAGAUGGAAGAAGAGCGUAGAGAGAAAGGCUUGCAGAUAUUACCAGACUCAAGGUUGAGUAAACAAGAAAUCAAAAAGAUGCUGUAUACAGAGGAGAAGGAUCUCAAUAAAGAAGAUCUCAUGAAACAAGCAGCGGAAACUGCUCAAAUGAAGAACGAGAUCAGUAUGAAACACGGAACACACAUGAAAAAGAAGGCCCCGGACUUAAUGAAGCUCGCGGAAGAAUUUGCCACGCCCAAUAAAACGUUAAACACAUUCGGCCUGCCUGACAGGGUAGUACGAGAGUUGACGCUAGAUGAGAUAAUGGAUAUGAAGAAGGUGUUUGACAUGUAUGACGUCGCUGGUGCUGGAUACAUAAGUAAAAAGGCUGUAAGAAAUUUGUCAGCAAUACUUGGACUGAGAGCCAGCAAAGACGCAAUAAAAAACACCUUAGAUUCUUUAAUAAAAGACCCUGCUGGAAAAGUAACGUUUGUAACCUUCCUGGAUUUUAUUAUUAAGAACCAAGAAGGUAGUGAUCCAUUUGAAGAGGCUCAGCAGUGCUUCCGAAUUUUGGACAGGGAAGACAAAGGUUAUUUAACGUUUGAAGACAUUCGAACAGCAGCAGACGAAGUUGAUUGUCAGCUGUCAAACUGUCAGAUACAGGAAAUGCUUGAAGAAGCAGACACAAGUGGGAACGCUGAAAUUGAACUAGGAGAGUUUGUUAUGAUGAUGCUAAGAACUAGUGCAUUUAAAUUCUAGUGUCUUAAUUUCAAUUUUACAUGAACAUUGUAGUAUUUUGAAAAAAAUGUUAAUAUAAUGUUCUCAUUUUAAAUGGUUAAAAAGUUGUA